CCAGUCAUCCCAGUCGUCGCUGCUCGCCGGCAUCAACUGCGACGCCGGCGGCCUCAGCAGCCUCAAGGACGAGUUCUGCCCGUUCAGCUGGGAGAUGCGGGCCGACGGCGAGGAGUGGUCCGAGUUCUCGGAGGAGGCGGAGAGCGGCUUCAUGAAGACGCUGGGCUACGUGGCCCAGGACGACGGCGCGAGGGGGCUCGACGGCGACGACGACGACGGCGAGGGCCUCACGGAGGAGGAGAUCCGGCUCGCCAAGCAGCAGAUCGAGCGGGCCACGCUCCAGCAGCUGCUCGAGAAGAAGAAGCAGGGCCUCAGCGAGUCACUCAAGAACUGGCAGCCGCCCCACAUCCCCGGCAGCGGCAGCGGUAGCCCGGCCGCCGCCGCCGCCGCACCGUCAGCAGGAAGUGCUCUUGCUUCAUCAUCACCGUCGUCGUCUUCUUCAUCAUCGCCUUCGUCGUCGUCGUCGACGUCGCCCACGCUGCUGCGCCAUCACCCGCGACCAGCGGCGUCGCUCUCGGCCUCGUCGGCGGGCGGUGGUCGUCGUGGACACCACCAGCCGUUGCGCUCGUCGUCGGGUCCGACGCCGUCAUCGUCAACAUCAUCGUCUUCAUCAUCGCACGGGCGACGAAAUCAUCAGCACAGCCACAGUCAACAGCAGCAGCUGCAGCAGGACCUGCUCGCCCUGGUGGAUUCCGACAGCGACGAGUCCGACUGCGAGGAGGUGCACGGCUUCCACGGCAUCGUCUUCGGCUGA